AUGAUGUCCUUGGUCUCUCUGCUCCUGGUGGGCAUCCUGUUCCCUACCAUCCAGGCCAAACAAUUUACAAAAUGUAAGCUGUCCGACGAGCUGAAAGACAUGAAUGGCCACGGAGGCAUCACUCUGGCUGAAUGGAUCUGUAUCAUAUUUCACAUGAGCGGUUAUGACACAGAAACUGUAGUUUCUAACAAUGGCAACAGAGAAUAUGGACUCUUCCAGAUCAACAAUAAAAUUUGGUGCAGAGACAAUGAGAACCUUCAGUCAAGGAACAUCUGCGACAUCUCCUGUGACAAGUUCCUGGAUGAUGACCUCACUGACGACAAAAUGUGUGCCAAGAAGAUCCUGGAUAAGGAAGGAAUUGACUACUGGUUGGCCCAUAAACCACUCUGUUCUGAGAAGCUGGAGCAGUGGCAAUGUGAGAAGUGGUGA